UAUACAGUGUCUCAGCUGCCCUCAGCAGUAUAGUAGCUGUAUGAUUAGGUUUAUGCGUGACGUCACACAAGCUCCAUUUAUGGUAUUUUUCACUUCAGAGUCACCGCUUCAGUUCCAGGCAUUAAAAAUCUCUAUCUUGGAGGUAAGACAGUGGGUUACAAACUUCCCUGAUUACACCAGUUUCAUUGUGUGUAACAACUUGAAAAAAAAAUGAAUGUGGAUCAUGAAGUCACACUCCUUGUGAAUGAGAUUCAUCGACUUGGCAGCAAAAAUGCAGAUGGUAAAAUCAGUGUCAAAUUCGGUGUCCUGUUCAAUGAUGACAAGUGUGCCAACCUCUUCGAGGCACUUGUUGGAACACUGAAAGCAGCCAAGCGAAAGAAGGUCAUCACGUUUCAGGGCGAGCUCUUACUGCAAGGAGUUCAUGACAAUGUUGAUGUUAUACUACUGGAGGAAUGAACUGAUAAACUGUCCUGUAUCUUCUUUGCAUACUUUUAUAAAUGUGGUUUUGUUGA